UGAGCGAGCCGGGGUGGAGCGCAGCGCCUCGGCUGCCAGGCUCGGGGGCCCGCGGCCGCCACUCUGCACCACGGGCCACAGUCGCUUUCCCCGCCGAGGCCCAGGCGCCCCGGAGCCAUGGCCAGCCUCAGCCGCGGGGUCACGCUCGCACUGCUGGGGAUCUUACUGCUGGGCGCCGCGCGCCUGCCCCGCGGAGUGGCUUAUGAGAUUGAUCUGCCACGUGGAAGCGGCAUCACAGUCCUCCUGAAGCCUGGGACCCAGGCUCUGCCAGCAAAACUCUGUUACAUCGUGGCUAAAAGAUGGGAAACCACUCUGUCCAUCAAAGCUGGAGAGAAAAAGGUCUUUUCCUUUAGCUGCCAGGAUCCGCAUAAUUACUUCGUUAUCGAGAUCCAAAAGAACAUUGACUGCGUGUCAGGCCAGUGUCCUUUUGGCGAGGUUCAUCUUCAGCCUUCCACGUCGGUGUUGCCCACACUCAACAGAACCUUCAUCUGGGACAUCAAAGCGAGCAAGAAUGUCAGUCUCGAGCUGCAGUUCUCCCUGUCACGCCUGAGGCAGAUUGGGCCGUUGGAGGACUGCCCGGAUGGAGUCACUCACCGUAUCAGUGGCCGCGUCGACGCCAGCACGAUGGUCAAGAUCGGAACCUUCUGCGGCAAUGGCACUGUGUCCCGGAUCAAGAUGCAAGAGGGAGUGAACCUGGCUUUGGACCUGCCGUGGUUCCAUAAGAGAAACGUCUCUGGCUUCAGCAUCGCAAACCGCUCGUCGAUAAAACGCCUCUGCAUCAUCGAGUCUGUGUUCGAGGGUGAGGGCUCGGCCACUCUGAUGUCCGCCAACUACCCGGCCGGCUUCCCCGAGGACGAGCUCAUGACAUGGCAGUUCGUCAUCCCCGCGCCUCUGCGGGCCAGCGUCUCCUUCCUCCAGUUCAGCGUCUCCAACUGCGUGAAGAAGGAGGAGCGAGUGGAGUACUACAUUCCAGGCUCCACCACCAACCCCGAGGUGUUCAAGCUGGAGGACCAGCAGCCCGGGAACAUGGCCGGGAACUUCAACCUCUCUCUGCAGGGCUGUGACCAAGAUGCCCAGAAUCCAGGCAUCCUCCGGCUGCAGUUUCAAGUUUCCGUCCAGCAUCCACAGAAUGAUAGCAAUAAAACCUACGUGGUCGACUUGAGUAAGGAGCGAACCAUGUCGCUGUCCAUCGAGCCACGGCCCAGCAAACUGAAACGCGAGUUUGUCCCCGGCUGCUUCGUGUGCCUAAACUCUCGGACCUGCAGCACCAACCUCACCCUGACAGCUGGCUCCACACACAGUAUCUCCUUCCUCUGUGAUGAUCUCACACGCCUGUGGAUCAACGCUGAGAAAACCAUAAGCUGCUUGGACCCCCGGUACUGCCACAGGACGCGCUACUCGCUCCAGCUGCCACAGUUCAUCUUCCAGCUGCCCGUGCAGCUGCACGACUUCACCUGGAAGCUGCUGGUGCCCAAGGACAGGCUCAGCCUGGCGCUGGUGCCAGCCCAGAAGCUGCAGCAGCACACGCACGAGAGAGUCUGCAACACCAGCUUCAGCUACCUGGUGGCCAGCGCCGUGCCGGGCCAGAACCUUUACUUCGGCUCCUUCUGCUCUGGAGGGUCCAUCGAGCAGAUCCAGGUGAAGGAGAACAUCUCGGUGACCCUCCGCACCUUUGCCCCCAACUUCCAACAAGAGAGCACUAAGCAGGACCUGACUGUGUCCUUUAUCCCCCACUUCAAAGAAGAAAGUGUCUUCACAGUGACCCCAGACACGAAAAACAAGAUCUACCUGCGGACCCCUAACUGGGACCGGGGCCUGCCGUCCCUCGCCUCGGUGUCUUGGAACAUCAGCGUGCCCCGCAACCAGGUGGCUUGCCUGACCUUCCUCAAAGAGCGAACAGGUGUGGUCUGCCAAACCGGGCGUGCAUUCAUGAUCAUCCAAGAGCAGCGGGCCCACGCCGAGGAGAUCUUCAGCCUGGAGGAGGAGGUGCUGCCCAAGCCAAGCUUCCGCUAUCACAGCUUCUGGGUCAACAUCUCCAACUGCAGCCCCAUGAGCGGGAAGCAGCUAGACCUGCUUUUCUGGGUCUCGCUUACCCCAAGGACCACGGACCUGACUGUCAUCGUCCUCGCAGUGGUGGGAGGUGGCGCCUUACUGCUGUUUGCCCUCGGAUUCAUCAUAUGCUUCGUGAAAAAGAAUAAGAAAAAGAAGAUCACCAAGGGCCCAGCCGUAGGCAUCUACAAUGGGAACGUCAACACCCAGAUGCCAAUGCAGCCGAAGAAGUUUCAGAAAGGGCGCAAGGACAACGACUCGCACGUGUAUGCCGUCAUUGACGACACCAUGGUAUACGGGCAUCUUCUGCAGGAUGCCAGCGGGUCCUUCCACCAGGCAGAGGUGGACACCUACCGGCCCUUCCAGGGGCCCACGGGGGACUUCCCUCCCUCUCCACCCCCCACAAACUCCAGGGCCCCGACCGUCAAGCUGGCCACAGAUGAGCCGCCCCCUGGCUCCCCUCCUGAGUCUGAGAGCGAACCGUACACCUUCUCCCACCCCAAAGACGGGACGGUCAGCAACAGGAGCACAGACACUCCUCUGCUGGACGCCCAUGAGCCCACGGAGCCCGGGGAAUAACAGGGACCCACCCAAAGACUUGGCAUACAGCAGGGCACUGAGAUGCCCUUUAGGGUUCCCACCCAUAUAUCCUGAAGACAAGGAAUUGUGUGGAAAGACAAAAGGAAGUUUUUCCUGAAUGCCACCAACUUCUGAUUUCCACGUGGACUCACUCCGCCGCUGAGACGUUGAUCAUGAUGAUUUGUGAUCCGGAUGGUGUCAUCUCCGGGCAUGUCCUUCUGUACUCAGGUUGGGUUGUAACCAGCCCAUAAUGAGAGGGAAGCGGCUGAAUCACCCAGGACAGGGCUGCAGCAAGCCCCACAUUUGGGUUUUGACCUCUUCAGGUUGACAGUGUCAAUCCCUGGGCCCUUGCUCUCACUGGGGAGCCCCUGGAUGAAAAUAUCAGUGUGCUUUUUUAACUAUUAUUAUUUAUUGGGUGGUCCCGGGUAUUUAAGAAGUCAAAUGCCAUGCAGCUCUUCUCACCCGGCAUAGUGGCAGCUCACGCUCACUGAUUAGAUGGCUGGGUUUUGACUUCUGUCCGCCACUAGAUAAACAUGUGCCUGUCCUCUGGGCGGUGGGAAUAAUUUGCAGUCUCUCCAGCCGGAAAACAGUGUGUGUGUGUUUGAGGGCACUGACGCACAUCUGCUUUGAGCAGAGACUUGCUGGUUGUCUUGCUCUGCGUGUGGUUCUCUCGCUGCAAAAAUCCGUCUUGAGUCGCAUUGUCCUUGGAUCUAGGAAUAGGAGAAAUGUCCUGGAAUUGCAGUGUGUGGCUCCACCCAGCUGCCGCAAUGCUUUAACAUUUAAACAGAAAUGCAGAGAGUAUCUUCAUCCUCUAGAAGCGUUGAAAGAGGAUUUCCGUGGUGGCUCAGUGGUGGGGAGUCUGCCAGUGCACGAGACACGGGUUUGAUCCCUGAUCUCUGAAGAUCCCACUUGCCUCAGGUCAGCUGAGCCCGUGUGCCACUAUGGAGCCAGCACUCUAGAGCCUGCGAGACACAGCUACUGCACACCACAGCAACCAGAGAAGCCCCAGGGCCGCAACUAGAGAAAAGCCUGCCCAGCAACAAAGACCCAGCACAGCCAAAAAGAUACCAGUAAAUACAGGUACGCACUAGAAAAAUAACACUGAAAGGUACAGGAGGGAGUGGCCACUUGUAUUAGUUGCUAAGGCUACUGCAAGAAAUUACCACACGUUUCCUACCUGACGGUUCUAGAGAUCAGAAGUGCAAAACGGGUUUCCCUGAGCUAAAAUCCACGUGUCAGCAGAGCUGUGCUCCUUCUGGAGGCUCCAGGGGCGAAUCCAUCUCCUUGCCUUUUCCAGCUUAUAGCGGCCUCUCACAUUCCUUGCCUCCAGUUCGGCAUUGUGACACUGCUGUUGUUCAGGCGCUCAUUGUGUCCAGCUGUUUGCAACCCCAUGGACUGCAGCACACCAGGCUCCUCUGGCCUCCACGCUCUCCCACAGUUUGCAUCUCUGUCCUACUGACAAGGACCUUUCACUUACGAACCUCACCCAGGUAACCCAGGGUCAUCUCCCCGUCACAGGAUCUUUAAUUACACUGAAGAUCCCCUUUGCCCUGUAACACAUCCGCAGGUUCCGGGGAUUAACACAUGGACCUUUCUCCUGCCUACCACACUUUACCCGCCCCAGGAGAGACUACAGAAUGUUCCAGCCUACAGAUGUGUUUUGUUAGGCCUGCAGCAUCUUUUUAAAGAAUUACUCACCAACAUUUGAAAUGAUAAAAUGUUUACAUAACAAAUCUGGAUUGGAAGAUCUGGCCAUGCUGGGACUUGCAUGCUCAUCAAAAAACAGCCUGCUGGAGUUGAAACAGAGCUGCUCUCUAGAGGGGGCACGCAGUUCACCCAUUCAGGCCACACCUCUCCCUAUUGCCUCCCACACAGAGGCUGAGGGUCUGUUGCUGUGGGUGAGUGCCCUUCAGGGUUGCUUCUCUCAUAAUGAAACGGAAAGUUCAGGACCCAUACCUCAAGUGACAUAAAAAGACAAGUCUUGAGGUUGAUGUGUGCUUCAGGAAAGUUGUUUUGUUACACCCAGCCCACAUCUUUCAUUUAUACUAAUUACCACCCCAGCUCCUGCAGGCGUUUGCCUUCGUGGCCCCUGCUCUCAUCCAGGAGGAAAAGGAUUGUGUUAUGGCUCAUCAGCACAGUCCCAAGGUCAAUAUUUCUGUGGCAAAACCUCCUUUAAAAAAUAGAUGCGGGUUGUCAAAUUCAGUGACUUCACCUUGAAAAUGCACUGUCUGGACUUGUCCCCUUGCUACUUUGCCUCCCUGAAAAGUUUUGCAAUCAUCUAAAUGCUGUGAGGUCCAAGGUCUCUUGAAUUCUUUCCAGAAAGAGGAGUAUUAUAUUAUUAUUAUUAUUGUGCCUUUGGUGCUCCCUGUGACACUUUUACUCUGAAAGGCUGGCUCUGCCCAGGGACCCUCAUUGUCUUGGCCUGAGAUGCUGGCAAAGCCCCUCCAGGAAGGACCAGAGGAGGUCUGUGGCUCCUUUCCUUUUGUGAAAUUGUGUCACUAUUUAAAAUCAUCACUGAGGCCCUGCUCCUCCAUUCUCUGCCUUCUCCGACCUCUUGGCCUCUUCUGAGGGUCACUCAGCGCUCUGAAUUCCACCCCCAAAGCGUGGCUGUCAUCACACACAUCACCUUUACCUGCAGGGGCCCCACGUGGCCAUUUCCUUUUAACCAAGAGCUCAAAACUCCAGACCACAUUACUAUCUUCCUGAGACCUCAAGUAAAUCUCAAGUUCUCCAGAAACAUGCCUCCUUGAAGGGGCCAGAGCGAUGUACCCCUGGCUCUUCUCUUUAGAGCUCAGGCCCUAUUUCUGUAACAUAUUUUCAGGGUCACUGAAAACCAAACACAUUUGUUGAGGCCAGCAGAGUGCCCUCCACGCUGCGUCUCCCCUCAAGCCCAUCCUCUGACAAAGCCUGGCUCAGGCAGGACUGAUUUAAUGCUGCAGCCGUUUUGCAAGAUUGAGGGGGGGUGGGGUCUCAAGGAAGAUCCAGGGGGAAAAGCAGAAGUCUAGGCGAUGUAACCUUGGUGAAGGUUAGGACAGAUUUGUGCGGAUCUGCAAUGCUUAACUCAAAAUAAUUUAUUUGUUGUAGAUACUUUUUAGGCAGCAUUUUGUUCAUUUCCUAUACUUUUUUAAAUAAACAAAUAUAC